UUUUGGAUCAAAUAUGCCUUCUUUUUCAAAAUUUCGGAUUCUUGAAGUAUGUUUUAGGGUUUUCUUUUCAUUUAUUUCUCUUGAAUCGUUAGGAUUAAUUGUUUUCUGGCAUUCUGGUGUCUCAAUGAAGAUGCCAGAUUCGAUUGAGGAGCCAGAGAAAAUAAAGCAGAAUGAGAGUAAAGCUCAAGUAAAGGAAGAUAGUGAGUAUGUAAGAUUGGUUAUUCCAAAUGAACUAAGGACACAUGAAACAUAUGCAGUAUCUCCAACACAGCCAAGAAAAAGGUCUUUUGCAUGGUGGAUUAGGACUAUAAUAUGGUCUUCAAUUACCAUUGCUUUGCUCCUUGUAUUUGUGAAGUACGGAGUGCCAUUUCUCGUUGAAAAGGUUCUGUUUCCACUCUUGCAAUGGGAAGCCACUGCAUUCGGCCGUCCAUUACUGGCACUUGUAAUUGUAGCUUCCUUGGCUUUGUUUCCUGUUUUUCUAAUUCCUUCUGGUCCGUCCAUGUGGCUUGCGGGGAUGAUUUUUGGAUACGGACUGGGUUUCAUUAUAAUUAUGGUCGGAACUACGAUUGGGAUGGUCCUGCCAUACUUAAUUGGUUUAAUCUUUCGUGAUAGAAUUCAUCAAUGGUUGAAAAGAUGGCCCCAGAAAGCUGCUAUGAUAAGGUUGGCUGGAGAAGGAAGUUGGUUCCAUCAGUUUAAAGUGGUUGCCCUAUUUAGGGUUUCACCAUUCCCAUACACAAUAUUCAAUUACGCAGUGGUGGUUACAAGCAUGCGAUUCUGGCCCUAUCUAUGGGGAUCAGUAGCAGGAAUGAUUCCAGAGGCAUUCAUUUACAUCUACAGGUUCCUUCUCUCUCUCUCUCUUUGUAAAACUUGUUUUCGACCCGAUGGUCUUGAGAUUAGACGGCUGACUUCAGACGUGUCCCGUAUUUUGUGCAGUGGCCGGCUUAUAAGGACGUUGGCAGAUGUCCAAUAUAGGAACUAUCAUCUGACUCCAGUGGAGAUAAUUUACAAUGUGUUUUCUUUCAUAGUUGCAAUCAUCACUACAGUUGCUUUCACCGUCUAUGCUAGGAGAACUUUGGACGACCUCAAAGCUGCAGAAGCCAACGGCGAAGGCUCCGCCACAGACAAAGACAAUAAUAGCAGGUUUGAGAUGCACAAGCUUCCACUUGAGAAGUACAAGAAUAGUUUUUCGUUGCGUUAGUUAAUAAUACCCUUUUUUGAUCUCUCAUUGUAAAUGUACUCGAGUGUUGAAGAUAAAUGGAAAUAGGAUUUGGCAUUUACUA